AUGACUAUUAGCAUUUGGAGCUUGCUCCUCCUUCAGCCGGCCUUCGGCAUUGAACUCCGAAGGAAGCACUUGGAAGGGCACACAAUCACCUUGCCCUCAGGAGCUCAGGUGCUUGGCCAAGUGUUGUCUUCACCCGACGGCGAUGUAGUGGCCUAUGGCGAUCUGCGCUAUGCGACGGCGGAGCGCUUUGAAGCUCCAUCCUUGUACACUGCACCAGCUGGUGAGGUCAUUGAUGGUACAAAGAUCAAUGAACGUUGUGUGCAGAAAGGUCACGGAGAUUCCGUGGAGGGCGUGGAGGAUUGCCUCACCCUGGCAGUCUUUGUGCCAACUAGUACUAGCAGUGAAGGCAAGCGCCCAGUCUUGGUCUUCAUUCACGGAGGGUUCCUGAUUUCUGGCAGUGUGGCCGACUAUUACGGCAAGCUCAACUACAUGGCCAAUCAAGCCAAUGCAGUGGUUGUCGCCAUCCAAUACCGCUUGAACUUGUUUGGCUUCCUUCAGCCGCCAGCGGACAUCGAGUCUAUUCCUGCAAAUAGAGGCUUGCGAGACCAGAUUGAGUCUCUGAAAUGGGUCCAGAAGAAUAUCGCCAGCUUCGGCGGUGACGCGGAGUCCGUGACGCUCUGGGGUCAAUCUGCAGGAGCUCGCUCGGUGGUGGCGCUUUACAACUCUCCCAUGUCAACCGGCCUUUUCCACCAAGCGAUUGCUAUGAGUCCCGGCUACAUUCCGGCUAUGUUUCAGGCUGACAUCUCUUUGGUCCAAGAGACCUUUGGACAUCGCUGCAUGGAGGCGACGAAGUGCUCCAGCCUGAAGUGCCUAAAGGAGAUGAAGGUGGAGACAUUGGCCAAGAGCUGUAUUUUUUACCUUCAGGCCGAGGACUUUGUGACCGUGCCCGGUGUAUACUUUUCCGGUUUUGAUGGUGAGGUACUGGAGAAGCCGGUGCGAGCUCCGCUUUGUUCUGAUUGGAGUCCUCCAAAUAGUCAUGUCCCAAUCAUCCUGGGUUCAAUGGCCCAUGAAUGGCGAUCUUUUCAGAUGGGCCUUCCUGGAAGCUCCUUUGUGGAACGCUUUUUGCAGGACGCCUUGCCGAACUGGAAUGCGGCACAAGUCUCCUGUUUAAGGAGUUAUACAAUGGACCUCUUUCAGGGCGCUCCAUGCCCUCCGAACGUGUCCAUUUGCAAGCUUAUCCCCGAAACAGACUCGGUGCAGGCUGCCACGCAAGUCUACUCCAUGGGGACGGAGUUUGCGGGGCAAGGAACCGGUGCGCGUUACCGCUACUUGAUGGAUACGGAUGCAGCAGGUGGUUGGUGCGGUGCUUGCCAUGGCGCAGACUUGGACUGUGUCCUUCAUGCAUAUGGACAUCCGCCCUUUCCAGCAGAGAAGUGGAUGAAGUUUCGGGAGUUGUUUGUCGGCUACCUGGCCUCCUUCGUCCAAUAUGGAACUCCAAAAGGAACUGCUGCAUAUGCUGCAUCUUGGAGUCCCAGCAAGGAGAAUGGGCAGAGUGGUGUCCCAGUGAUGCAAUUCAACCUAUCCAAAGCUGAGAAUGAGAUGAGUGGGUCCGUGUAUUUUAGCGAUGAGGCGAUGGAGGAUAUCUCCAAUACUCUUUGCGGCAACCCACUGAGCCGUUGCGCUACAGUUUGA